UCCAAAUUGUUUGUUUCGGUAUAAUUUUUGCAAAAUAUUAAAGAAUAUAUACUUGCGUAAAUAAGAAUAUUACUUUCAAAGUCGAAACAAUCAUAUAAACAUUGAUGUAGGAGCAUUAUAAAUUCAUAAUUUUAUUUUGUAUACUUUGUUUGAUAGAGAAAUGAACAUCUUUUUGCCCAUUAGCAGUUGGUAGAUAAUGGUAUUAUAUCAUGAGACGUAAUUUGAUAUGCCAGUUCUGUUAGAUGGGAACACUAUCUGCUUCGCAUGUAUAUACAAGUUUCCGGUGAACCAAAAUAAGAAGAGAAACCUUUGUUUGAGUUAAUGAAUUAAAAACUAUUUGAAAGUGAUCUGUGGAACAGUAUAAUUCAGAGAGAUGAGGACGGAAGUUACAGAGUCACAACCUUUCAAAAACUUAAAAGAAUUAUUCGAUAACGUGGGUAACUUGAAACCAUGGCCAGAAAUUGGAGAACUACGAGAUUCAACUGAUUAUGUGUACAGUGGUUUAGAAAUAAGCGCAGGAAGAACGCGGUUAGAAAAAUUGGAUAGAGAAGUACAUCCGAAAACGUUGCUCUGUCAUGAUAUGAAAGGUGGCUACCUAGAAGACAGAUUUAUAUAUGGAUCAGAAUCUUAUGAUUCUUACCUAUUUUAUCACUGGAGUGUUAUUGACACUUUUGUGUAUUUUAGUCAUCAUUUCAUAACUGUGCCCCCUUUUGGAUGGAUUAAUGCAGCACAUAAUCAUGGUGUAAAAGUUCUUGGUACUGUAAUUACGGAAAGAGAAGGUAUCUGGGAUGUUAUACUUGAAUCUCAUGAAGAAGUAAGAAGAUUUGCAGAUGCACUAAUACUUGUUGCAAAAUUUUAUAAGUUUGAUGGCUGGUUAUUAAAUAUUGAAAAUACCAUUAAAAGUGAGCAAGUUAAUAAUUUAAUUUAUUUUGUAAAAUAUCUAACAGAAAAUAUUCAUGAAGCAAUUAGAAAUUCUGAAAUUAUAUGGUACGAUAGCGUAACCAAUGAAGGAAAAUUAAAUUGGCAAAAUGAGCUUAACAGUAAAAACAUAGAUUUCUUUUUAAACUGCGAUGCCAUUUACUUGAAUUAUAACUGGACGAAAUCAAAAUUGAAAAACAGUUUGGCACUAGCAAAAACUCACAGUCGAGAUAUUCAUGAUAUUUAUGUAGGACUUGAUAUUUGGGGAAGAGGUUGUCCUGGCGGUGGUGGAUUUAAUUCAUCAUAUGCUUUACAAAAAAUACGACACGAAGGACUUUCUGUUGCACUUUUUGGUCCAGGUUGGACUCACGAAUUUUUCGGAUCUAAGACAUUCCAAGAAGUAGAAGAUCUAUUUUGGGCACAGUUGUUUCCUUAUUUAUAUGUUCAUGUACCUAUCUACGAAGAAGAAGUAUUCAAAACAUCAUUUUGCCGUGGCAGUGGUAGCAUGUAUUAUCGCUGUGGUCAGGCACUAUAUGAAAGGGAUGGAAAAAGAUUUAAACACAAACCAUUUUACAAUUUAUCCCUGCAAAAUCCACAAAUUUCAGUACCUAUACCGCACAUGAAAUUUACAUCAUCGCCUCAACUUCCAGAACCGAAAAAACCGAAAAGUGAAAACGAUCGAAGUGAGUGUUCAAAAGAACCGAUACAAUAUGUUUAUGAAACGAGGAAGAAUGUUAUUCGAGUAUUAAAAAAUGUUGUAAAUAUUGAAAAUAAAAUGCCAAUGCAUCGAACUGUCAGAAUUUGAUAUAUUUGUCCACGGGGAUAAGACCACUGAGACAACAGUAACAACAUAGAGAUCGUCCUCCAGACCAUAAAUAAUAAUAAUCUUUAAAAUUGCUACAAGACAAACACCGAAUCUUCCGCACCUUAAAUCGGCUGAAGAAGCGCUUCGGCACUCUAUGUUACUCUAUCCCAUCGGUCAUCGAACACGGCAAGGGAUAUAGAGCCAUAAAAAUGCUUAUCAGUAAGGCCUCUGAUAGAUCCCGAGUUCUCUGCACUCAGAGAAUUAAAGAUUCCAAAACCACGUUUCCGCAAGUAAGACGAAUGCUAUACCUCUUGAUCGGCGCCCUCAAAUUUUCUUCGGACGAUUCUCACCGUCUUCCAUAGUUGAAUAACCUCCUCGUAUGACAGAACAGAAGAUACAUCGUUACUGGUACCAAGUCGACAAAUAAGUCCACUUCGUGACGUCUCCGGUACCGCCGGCUUCCCAGAACUUACUAGUAACGCGAUGACAUGCCAAGAAUAAGAAUAAACGUCUACGCAACACGUGCUUCUGUUAUUCACGAUCUUGUGUCGUUUCUUCCUUUCAAGUUAUAAACUGUUCUUUGUACAGGUCUUUAAUUAGUAUUGUGCUUGCGUGCUAUUUCAUCACUUCAAACUUGUUAAACUUUUAUCACUCGUUCCAACAGCAUUUGUUAUUUGUAUGUAGCGAAGCAUUCUUUAUCCGUUCUCCUUUCUACCGCGCGAAAAGUUUCGUGAAUCCCACAAGACUACUGGGGACAAAUUUUGGAAGUGUGCGCCGAAAUGUGUAUGAUGAUCUUCUCAGAUUCCCAAAUUUCAUAAUCUUGAAAAUGCAGAUUUUCGUUGAGCCGCUGGAACAGGGUCUGUACCUUCACCUGAGGAAACAGGGCUAGUAACCGCUCCGGCUCCGAUGUCUCAGAGAAUUAUUUCACAUCGGUAGAUUCGUUAACGAUUCAAUUUAAGUUGCUGAAUGGGAUAGGUUAUCAGGCUUCGAUAUCUUCAACGCAGUACCAAUAUAGCUAUAGCUCCCGCAAAGAUGCACAUUCUUCUUCUCCUUGAUGCUCAAUGAUCUCUGAUACCAGCAUACUUUUCUAAGAUAUGGAAGAUGGGGAAAGUAGUUCCCUUGCUGGGGAAGGAUAAGAACAAACCAACAAACCAAAUCCAGCCAGG